GUGGAGAUUCUGAAACAAAUACAUGGUGACGGUCAGGGUACCAUGCAGUACCUCACCAGCAUACUGAACGAGUGGGGCCAGUAACACCGCGCGUGUGGGUCUCCACUCUCACCUGCUCCAUGCCGUCCCAUCACAUCGUUGCGGCAUCAUGCCCUUUCAGAUGAAUAUUUAAGCAUAAUUACAUCCUAAAACUUACCAACACUCAAAUCAGUAUCAAUAAUUUUAAGCUGAGUGCCUGAGCUAAUCCCUUUUUUGUAAAAACUUUAUCACAUCAACCUUUGACGAUUGUUUUUGUAUGGUACUUUCUUUUCUGUGUAUACUCUAGCAAUACAUUUACAUUAUAAGUAACAUUAUAAGUGAUCUACAUUUUAAGCAAUAUUUGUUUUUUGUUUUUUCUUUAUUUUGCAGGUUUACCUCCUUUCCUUUGCUGUCCAGUGGAAUAGCAGGAUGGAAAGGCUAAAAGUGGCGGAGAAAAAGGGCAAAACGACAACAACCACAGACCCACGCCAAAUACAGCGCAUGAAUGACCACGCUGAGAUCCUGUUUGGCAAGGAUCAUCUCUUUUAGCCAAACUUUGUCGCCCCCAUGCAGCCACCUACCGAAGCUGAAGAGGAGGAGCUACUCGACGUCGAGUAUGCUUUCUCCCAGUCUUCAAAGUCCUUUUCAUCAAAUGCAUAUUACAUGGAAAAAGCCGAAGAGGAGCAUAAGGCUGAAGACGAAGAGGUUGACAAGAAGGACGAAGACGAAGGCAUUGAAGACGAUGCAGCCAAUGAUGCUCCUGUAAUUUCAGCAUCUAGCCACAUGGAUGCCGUCAGCGCUCACCACACCGUCCUGACGAAGGAAGAGCAAGUCAGAGAGGAGAUCAGCCCUGUUAUGCAGGAUGUCCUGAUGAGCAACCGCCACUUACACUUGCCUGGUUUCGAGCAAAUUGAAGCCCUCGCCUUGCAUCUGGUUAAGCUGACAGAAGGGGAGCAGCAUCUUAUCCCAGCAGAGAUAAGAGAGCAAAUUUACAAAGCUAAAAGUGAGCUAGCAACGCAUGAUCAAUCUGUUUGCAACUUUGUUAAAAAGUACGAGAGCAAGUGGGGCUACACUUUGUUCGGACGUUGCCUCGGGCCAGAAUCAUCACACUCAAGCGCCGCCCAAAAGACCAAAUUUGGGUGGAUGAAGUAUGCGCAGGCAGCCCAAAUCACGGAGUAGUCAAGGGUACCUGGUCAUCCAGCUGCUUAAGAAUCUGCCGUCUAUUUAGGGCUUGUCUCCAACCAAGACCGCCACUAACAUCAGGACAAGGUAUAAGAGGAUCUGUGACGGGCUUUGUGAUGACCCAGUCCUCGCCACACUAAAUCUCCCCCUUCCAAACAUCAACUCCAAAUCAAUUACGAAUUUCAUCGGCAAGCAAGAGAAGCGAUCAAUUUCCUUGCAACCACUCAACCCAAACUCCUCCCACAUAGCAAAGUCCUUUCUUUUGA